UUCGUCACUUCCUGUUUCAGCCACCAUUUUGAGAUAUAAAUAUUGUCGAUCUUUGUUUAGCUGCGUCAGUGUGCGUACGGACAAUUUCUCGACAGUGUAUCAUCCUGCUAUUCCCUUUGUAAAGAAUAUUCUCACAUCGAACAAUGUCGCAAGCACGUCAAAACUAUCACGAAGACUGCGAGGCUGGCAUAAACCGUCAGAUCAACAUGGAACUGUAUGCCAGUUACGUGUAUCAGUCAAUGGCAUUCCACUUUGACCGAGAUGAUGUUGGUCUGAAUGGCUUCCACAAAUUCUUUAAAAAGCAAUCUGAAGAGGAACGUAAACAUGCAGAGAAAUUUAUGCAGUUCCAGAACUUGAGAGGUGGUCGUAUUGUGUUGCAGAAUGUGCAGAAGCCAGAGAGAGACGAGUGGGGUUCAGGUCUUGAUGCUAUGCAGUCUGCCCUUGCCCUGGAAAAAAAUGUCAACCAGGCCCUGAUUGACCUGCAUGGGGUAGCAGACACUCACAAUGAUGCACAUAUGGCAGAUUUUAUAGAGGAGGAAUUCCUGAAGGAGCAGGUAGAAUCCAUUAAACAGAUCUCUGACUACAUCACUUCUCUGAAACGAGUUGGACCAGGACUUGGGGAGUACAUGUUUGACAAGGAGACUCUAGAUGCCUGACCUUACAUAGAAUACAACAUCCCCACAUCUGGUCAAAUGCAUUUCUGCAUAUGUGCCUAGUAAAUAAGAUUUCCAGAUCUGUUGUACCAUAUACUAAGUCCGUAGUAUUUUAUUUUGAAGCUCAUCAAGUUUUGCACUAUAUCCCAAAGUGAAAGUAUAUAUUUUCAUUGUGGCAAAAAAUGAAUUAUAACUAAAAGUUUGUUAAUUGUGACACUAGAUUUUGACUUCUUUGUCGUGCUUAAUUUUGUACUUGUUCAUUUGUAUGGGUGUAUUUUCUUAUGAAUGUUUAAUGGUCUGCUGUCAGAAGAGGUUGAAUGAGAAUCGGCAAUCAAAACAAUUGUAUAUCUUCAUAUUCCAAUUACAGUCAUGCAUUGAGAAUUUAUAAACACGACAAAACAAUGAUUGUGUCUAUAUAUUUAUUUCCAUUGUUUUGUAGGAAGUACUGGUAUUCAUCAUAACAUGUUGCAUAACUCAAACAGUGCACAAAAAUGUUGCCCUCGUGAAUAGGAGGUCCACAUUCAUUUAAAUGCCAGUUUCUAUUUCAUAUACAACCCAGGUACAUUUUGUGGCCAUUUGAUAUUGUAUAUCACCUCUAACGACUCAACUCCUUUCAGAAAUGAACAAUCAGUGAACAUGUCUCCUGUGUGAAGUAUGUCACAUUAAACUGAGGAGGAAUUACCAUGUAUAUUGCACACAGAUGAAAACUGUGCAUAGUCGUAUCAUUGGAAACAUGCUUUUCUACAGCAGUGUUACUGGAGGUGUCAACUCAUGCAUUUACUAUAAGCGACAUGUCGCCUACUGCAGGGAUUAUAUUCAUGUGUCUGCUAGUUGUGACAUCUAUACAAUGUCGUAUAUUUUAUGAGGUUCUAUAUUACUGGUUUACGCAGGUAUUGUUUACAAGGCAGGUAGUGAGUCAAUUUGUCAGAGAUGUUGUUACAAGAAUAAAUGUAUGAAACGCAA